GUCAAUAAGAUGGAAAUGAAACCUGUAACUUUUAAAAAUGAUGAAGCUGUCACUGUUCAACGUGACGGGAAAACGUCAGGGGGCAGCAGUGCGCCCUCAUCCCUCGGUUUUGGAGAAUCCAAAGCCCCCCAGAGCCCACGGGUGAAAUGUGAUGCUUUCUAAACCAUUCUCGUUUCUCCGUGACCACGUUACCAGCGUCCCUGGACCACAAUAAGAAAAAAAAACUCAUUCCGGCUGCUCCUUUCACGCUAAAACCUCGACUUUUCUUCUAACGUCAGAACUGUGAUUAAACCAAACAGCGAUGCUCUUAUUUUAAGUAGAACUUCCCUUACUUCCAGGAAAUCUUUCACUAACUUGACAGCUGACUGCAUUUAUCUCAGCGACAGCCAGCCUGCGAGCGAGAACCUCCUCAGAUUGACACAGAAUGGAGAGAAGCUGACGCACCGUUAUUUACCGGAACGUUAACUUUUCCGUUGCGACUCUUUCCUCAUGCCAUCACAGUCUACAUGCUCUGCAAGACCCGGAAAAUACUUGAAAGAUAGCUUAUAACAGUUUGCCCACUGAAUAGCUCACUACUCCUUAUUGGCUUUUUCUGUCCCUCACUUUUAUUGUUAUUUUUAUUUUUGGGGAAACUACUGCGUUAUUACGCACGAUGCGCAAAGGGAUGGCUCCUCCGCGGAGAUACAGGACGGGAGUGCGGAAUAUUUUUUAUGUUUAUCUCUCCAUUUCAAUGGCUUAUUCUUACAACAUAGACUUAGAACAUCCUUUGGUGUUCCGCGGACCAAAUUCUAGUUUUUUCGGCUAUUCUGUGCUGGAGCAUUAUCACGACAACACACGCUGGGUAAUAGUCGGGGCACCAAAGGCAAACUCUUCCUACAGUAGCUCUGUGCAGUCUCCCGGAGCUCUAUAUAAGUGUCGAGUUCACAGCAACCCUGAUCGCCGCUGCACAGAGAUGGAUCUGGGAAGAGGAAACAGGCAGAGAGAGUCGUGUGGGAAGACUUGCCAAGGAGACAGAGAUGAUGAGUGGAUGGGGGUCAGCCUGGCCCGCCAGGACAGCGCCAACGGCAAAAUCCUGGCUUGUGCUCACCGCUGGAAAAACGUCUUCUACGAGUCAGAGCAUAUCCUUCCGCAUGGAUACUGCUCCAUCAUUCCCCCAACGCUCCAGCAUGGGACAAAACCACUUAUCCCCUGUUAUGAAGACUAUAAGCAGAAGUAUGGGGAAGAGCAUGGCUCGUGCCAAGCUGGGAUAGCGGGAGUUUUUACGGAGGAGCUGGUGGUAAUGGGGGCACCGGGGUCAUACUACUGGACUGGGACGGUCAAGGUGUACAACCUGACUUCUGACUCCUUCUAUAGCCUGAACAAAGACAACAUUGACUCCCACAGAUACAGCUACCUUGGCUAUGCUGUGACUGCUGGACACUUCUCCUCUCCUAAUGUAAUAGACAUCGCUGCAGGGGCUCCUCAGCACAGCAGCAGCGGAAAAGUUUAUAUUUUUAAAAUUGAUGGUGCAUCUUUGGUGAAGAGUUUUCAAGCCUCAGGGAAAAUGAUGGGCUCUUACUUUGGCUCCUCAUUGUGUGCAGUUGAUCUGAACCAGGACGGCCUGUCGGACCUGCUGGUGGGGGCACCAAUGCACAGCCAGCUCAGGGAUGAGGGCCAGGUGUCUGUGUACCUCAGCAGAGGGAACGGGGUCAUGGAAGAGGACGGCGUGUUGACUGGCGAUAGCGCUUUCAAUGCACACUUCGGAGAAUGCAUUGCCGCAAUCGGAGACAUAGAUGACGACGGCUAUCAAGAUGUAGCCAUAGGAGCGCCCAAAGAGGAUGAGUAUGGAGGAGCGGUUUAUAUCUACCAUGGGGACGCCACAGGAAUAACCAAAAAAUACUCAAUGAAACUGUCUGGGCGCAGCGUAAACCCUGGUCUGCAGAUGUUUGGCCAGUCCAUCUCUGGCAAUGUGGACAUGGACGGUAAUGGAUACGCAGAUGUUACUAUCGGAGCUUUCAUGGCGGAUAGCGUGGUGCUCCUGAGGUCGCGGCCUGUGAUUACAGUGGAUGUCUCCAUCUUCUUGCCUGUCUCUAUCAACAUAACUGUGCCACAGUGCCACGAGGGCCAGCAGAACAUGAACUGCUUCAACGUCACAGUCUGCAUGCGUUUCAGAGGAAGACAGCUACCUGGACAAAUAGAGUUCCUGUAUAACUUGACGGCUGAUGUGGAAAAGCGCCUGAAAGGCCAGCCUUCCAGGGUCUACUUUGCUCAGAGUGGAUCUCAGAUCAGCCAAAUGAGCCACCAGCUCAGCCUGGACAUCAACCGAGAGGAGUGCCAGCGCUAUACCGCCUACGUUAAGAAGGACGUUAAGGACGUGUUCACAGCCAUCACAUUCGAGGUGGCUUACAGCCUGGGGACCCACGUGCUGACAGGACCCCAGGAGCGAGACCUGCCCGCGCUCACUCCAGUGCUGCGAUGGAGGAAAGGGAAGAAGAUUGCAGCGAGGAAUGAAACUUGGUUUGAGAAGAACUGCCUGUCAGACGACUGUGCCGCAGACCUGAGGCUUCAUGGGAAACUGUUGCUUUCUGGCUUGCAUAGCAAACCCCAUCUGGCCCUUGGAGGAGUGAAGAACGUCUCUCUGAACCUGACCAUCUCCAACGCUGGCGAUGACGCCUAUGACACAAACAUCUACUUGAACUUCUCCAGGGAAGUUUUCUACAUCAACUUCUGGCAGAAGGAAGAGAAGGGUAUUUCCUGUGAGCUUGUCGAGUUGGACUUCCUUCAGUGCCGAGUGGGAUUUCCUUUCAUGAGAGCGCAGACUAAGUAUCAUUUUGCAGUGAUUUUUGACACGACUCGGCUCUCUGGAGAAGAUGACACGUUGCAGUUCUUAGUUCAAGCAAAAAGCGCCAAUCCCGAGCACAAUCUCAACGACAACUUUUUGGAUAUCUCCAUCCCUCUGAUUCACGAGACCGACACCACUAUCACUGGUGUGAUUACACCAACCUCCUUUGUGUAUGGAAACUCCAUUGAAGACUCACGCUUUGUCCAAUUAGAAGACAUGGACUGCAACUUUCAACCUCUCAAUCUCACUUUUCAGGCUAUAAACAAGGGCCCCAGCAGGUUGCCUGGCUCCAGAGUGGACAUCAGGAUUCCCAACCGGCUGACUGGCAACGGAGCUGAGAUGUUCCACAUCAUUGAAACACAGGUGGCCAAUGGUCGAGGGAACUGCACUCCUCAUAGGAACCCAACACCAUGCACCAUCCCCCAGGACAAAGAGAGCAUCUUUCACUCCAUCUUUGCCUUCUUCACCAAAUCAGGACGGAAAGUCUUGGAUUGUGAUCGGCCUGGAAGAGCCUGUAUGACGAUCUCCUGCAGCCUGGGUCCACAGUUAAAAGAAGAAGCUUUGAGCAUAGAUAUAAAAGUUUUACUCAACACUGAAAUCUUAAAGACGGAUUCUUCCUCUGUGAUCCAGUUCGUCACACGGGGCAACGUGCAAGUAAAUGACAGGACAGUGGAGGUGCCGAAUGGCCUGCCAGAGGACAUUUCUCUGGUGUUUGAGGCUCUCCACAGUCAGGAGCCAAGGGGUUACGUAGUCGGCUGGAUCAUCGCCAUCAGUUUGCUGGUGGGAAUCCUCAUCUUUUUGCUGUUAGCUGUGCUGCUCUGGAAGAUGGGAUUCUUCCGUCGACGUUACAGAGAGAUCAUUGAGGCUGAAAAGAACAGAAAGGACAGUGAUGAAAGCUGGGACUGGAUGGAUAAGGACCACUGAGACUUACAAUGGGAGUCCCAGAGGAGCCAGUGAGAUUAGGGAUUCGGUUGCGAAAGAUCCAAUAGCACAGGGUCUCUCAGCCCAGCCGCCCCCUGUGGCAUUGGGCCCUUCAGUCUUCCAUAUGUGGAAGAGGAGAAUAUUCUCCAUAUUUUUUGGAGACUUAAUAUUUUUGGGGGGAGGAGGGAGGGAGUCCAGGAAACAGGCUUCUGAGGUGACAAGGUGGCUUGCCAGCGGACACUUGCUGUGGAAUUCAGCUAAUCUCAAAGGAGGUAUCACCCAGCCAGCAGAGCAGAGCUGUUGAUGGAGGCUCACAUCCGUACAGGGAUGUGGAGACGGCAUGAAUACUGGUGGACAAGAAAACCCUCAGGGCUGUGUUACAUAGCAAAUUUAUUUUUAUACAUAUACUUUAAGCCAUAUUGUGUAAAAGUGAGCUUUGAAAAGAGUUGGGGUUUUGAAUGCCAUUAUAAACAUACUAUAUCUACGGUAUGUUUUCUUAAAAGCACUGAUGUUUGAUAAGAAUGAAUGCCUUGGCCCCUUAGAUUUACUUUUUGUGCCAAAGAUAUGUCCAGUAGAGUACAUGAUUGGAAUCAUUUGUAUAUUCAGUUCAUUCCAGAUGCUGGGAGUGAAAGAUUGUAUCUUUUCUGUACUGUUGCUGGCUGAUGAAAAUCUGUUUUACACAUCUGAUUGCCCAUCCCCUCACAUUUCUAAUCAGCCAGAGCUAAUUCUAUGCUACAGUACCCGCACACUGUCCCAACGCAAUGCACUAGUGUUUCCAUUUGUGACACACUGUGAGGGCUCUCUCUGUCUUCAUGAUGACCGCUUUUUUCAUGUUUCCAUUGUUAACCAUGCCUAAAAUGCAAAAGAUGGGUAAAAGAUCAUUCCUUUUGUUCUGGUCUGGCUUUCAGCUGAUUCGCUGGUAGAUGAUAAUAUACAAAAGCUAUUAUUUCAUAGAUUAAACUUAAAUCUUUAUUCUUUAAAAUGUUUCAAAAUACCAUGAGUUUUGAAAGUGGAAUGUAUAGUCAAGCAAAUCUGAUGUAAAGCUGCUUUUGGUAGGAGCAAAAACUGCUCAGGUAUGCAAGGAGACUUUUAUAAUGGACGGCCAAACCUCCCAGGCUCAAGUGAACAUAGUUUAGCUGAAUGUCUUGUAAAUUCUCACUGAAAUACAGCAGAAAAGGAUUUACUAUUGUUCUUGAAAUACCUGAUCACGAUUUAUUUCCAAAACCUUCUCAGACUUUACCGGAGCAUAGCAUUUUUAAGUUUACUGUUAUGUUAUCAGGCAUUGGAUUAUAGUGUGAAAUAUGAGAUACUGUUGCUCUCCACAGCCAGAUGAAAGACUGUCGUGGUAUGAGUAAUGCCCUAAAAAUAGGUGAGAAUAUGCUGCACUCAAUCACUACACAUACAGUAUACAAGCUCUUUGGGGCUCCUGGGAAAAGUUACUUUUAAGCCAGGGUUGAGGGAUGUCAGUGCCCUGAAAAAUCCGCCACCAUACGAACCCACAGCUCCUCUCUGCUAAACCUUUUUCCCCCCUACAGGCUUGUCGGUUCUUUUAAAUGCUAGAUUUAAUUGUGAUUGAAAUAAGACAUUAGCAAAUUCUGUAUUAAAGCUACCCACAAAUAUAUAAACAGUGAGAAAAUUAAAAUGUGGUAAUAUGGGAAUCGCUGGUGCCUUGGUCCCCCUGCUUCUGGCACCUGUUGCUCAGUACUCAUAGGUCAUACCCUACCCAUUUUUGAACUUGGUUUUGAUGUUAACUGCAAAGUUUUGUGUGUCUGUACUUUGCACAUUUGCAACCCUAUCUAGCUGAACAAACAGAUAAAUUCAUGUAAUCUUAAAAAAAAACCCAAAACUUUAAUUAUGCUCCAAAAAAGAUUCAAUUUAAGAGUCAAAAGCUUUAACAAUCAGCAUUGGGUGAUAAGAUUUACAUUAAAAUAGAUAUGCAGUAUAUAAGUAUAAAGUACCUUUUGGUAAUUUCUUCAGUAGACCAGUCAGAUUUAAACGUGCAAUGCCAAAGAACUAAAACUUUAUCGUCACUUUAUUGAUCACUAUGAUUGCUUCGCUCUAAAAUGUGCUGUAUAGAUCUUCUGACACCAUUUACUUCCACUGGUAAUACAGCGUAUACUGUACACAUCCACGCCUUCCCUCUGCAUCUGUUAAACCGUUGCUAUGUAUUAAUGCAGAGAAACCAACACUUGACUUUUUUUUUCUUUUUUUUUAACUGUGAUGAUUAUACUUUGUUUUUAUGUUUGUCACCUUUAAUCGCAUCGUUAUUUGGGGUUUUGUUCUGAGUAUACUACUGUCACUGAAUAUCAUUUCCAUUAUAGUGUGCUGUACGUUUGAUGUUUAAAAUCAUGUUCCAGCUGUAUAUUUAUCUGUUGAUGAAUUUUAGAAUGAAGUCUCUUGUUAUCAACGUGGCUCCAGUGUUUGCUGCUUAUUUGUGGUGAAUGGUGCUCUCUGCUGGCAGCUUUUCUUCAGUCACACCAAACAAAAUUCAACAAUGGGGAAAAACACAAAACUGCUUGUUCAGGUUUUUAGAAAAUGCUAUUUGGGGGGAAAUACUGUUAAAAAUAUAUUUUAAUAAACUUUUCACUGAUCAUUUACACUAAGUACAUUUAUAAGUAGAUGUUCUUAGAUUAUUAGAGCUGAAAUAACAACCAGUCCACAGAAAAUGACCAUUCUGAUAAGCUAAAAUCCCCAAAAUGGCAAAUAUAUAUUUAUAUUUUGAUCUUGUGUCAUUGGGAAUUAAAUAUCAUUGAUUUUUUGUUCUUUUGGGCUACAAAACUUUAUCUUUAUUUUAAAGGGCUACAGUGGAUUCGUUGGGUGCUGAUGACUUUUUAUACAAAUGUAUUGAUACAGUAUGAUGGUGUAAUAUCAUGAGUUUUAGAAAAGACUACCAUUUAACCUGAAAGUAUAAAAAAAUCCAAAUUAGCUCAUAUCUUAAGCACUGAAAAUAACGUGAAUGCAUUUUAAAGGAACCCUGGUCAGAAACAACAUGUUAUGUACAAUAUUCAAUGUUCUAAUGUCCUCUUUCUAUUUUGCUAAGAGUUUUCCCAUAUCUUCUUGAAGAUCCUAAUAAUUUGCUACUAUAUUUUCACUGACCAUGUGCCAGAAAACUGUAAAACUCUCUUUAAAAGUUCAACCACACCUGUGAUGAAGUGUCACAUAAACAAUACUGGCUCUUCAAUACCAUAUAGUAUAUUAAGGUUUAGGUUUGCUAACAAAGCAUUAUCUCAAAGAAUAUGGUAACUAAUCAGUCAAUACAUUAAAGCUUGAUGAAGCUGCGUGCUGUUGAUCAGGUGACACCAGUUGCUAUGAAACACUGAAGUCAAGAACAAGCUGCUGUGGUGAGCAAAUCAAUUAUUAAAAAAGCUACCACGCUAAAUACAGCAGGAAUACAACAACAUUUAUGGUAUUCACUUUCUUUUGACCAGAGAGAAUCAGUCUCUUAACUAUGUCCUCAUUGUUCGAUCAUGGGUUGAUCAGGACUGUAGCAGUUGAGCAGGUGGUUGCACCAAUUGCAAUUCAUAUAUGCCGCCUGGUGUUGCUGUGUGACAGCGCAGAGGAACCUGAACAAUUCAGCCAGCUGGAGGGGGCAGCUCAGACUGUGGCUAAAGCUACUGAGAACAUGGCAGCAGUGGCUUCCAGGUAUGUACUGUUAUGAAAAUCAUAAUGUAUAAUACUUCAAAUGAAGCAAUAGCCUGCAGAGAGGAAAGAAGUAUCUUUCAGUUUAACCUUUUCUUGUAAUUUCCUGCAUCUUUGGAGCUAAAAGAGGCCACCCAAACACAUAAGAUAUCAAUGGAAAGGCCAGGAUGUCCUCUAUUGGGGACAUCAGGACUUAGAAGGGUAGCUCAAAUAAGUCACGAGAUAUAGACAAAUGUCCAUUACACAGGAUCUAAAUGAAUAAGCUGGCUCUCAGGAGGAUAUAGGAAAAUCAAAUUUAAUUAUUUAAUCUGUAUGAAACUGAAAUGUGUAAUACAACCCAAAUAGGGGAAGAGUUAGAAUACUUAAGAGAAUGCAGAGAUUUGCAAAUCUCAGGCAUUAUUCACAAUAGAACAUAGAACACAAAUUAAAUGUUUGAACUGAGAAAAAGUACAAUUUCAGGAAAAACAUUAGCUCAUUUUGAAUUUUAUGGAUGCAACAUGUCUCAAAAAACUGGGAUGAAGGCAACAAAACUGGAAAAAUAAGUGGUACUCAAGGGACAUUUUACAGUUAAUUAGAUA